CUUUAGUACACGCGUCCGGUGCUUUCUGCUGCUGAUGUCGAAGUAUAAAAGAAAUGCAGGCAAUGGUAAAAAUCAGAAGACAACAAAGAUUUGUCAAGGAACAAUAAAACUUAUAGAGAAAGAAAUAGAAAUAACGAUGACAUCGCUGCUAAAGUUAAUGCUGGUAAUCGGUGCAGUCUCGGUACUGGAACAGGUUGAAGGUAUUCCUGCUCAGGACAGGAGAGGUGACAUACCCCACGAAUGUGGAACUGCUUCAGACAUUGUUUUUGUGCUUGACUCAUCAAGCUCCAUCUGGGGACCAGACUUUAAAGAACAGCUUAAAUUUGUUCAAAACAUUGUCGACAAGUUCACAAUUGGACACAAACUUACUAGAGUGGGAGUAAUGACCUUCAGUGAUAAACCACAUAAAUACUUUGGACUUGGGGAGAUUAAUAGUAAAGUUAAGGUUAAUGUUGCCGUAGCAGAUAUCCAGCAAAGUAUUGGUGGCACAUACACUGCAGACGCCAUAAAAUACAUGAGAGAAAAUAUGUUUUCUGAUGCUAGAUCAAGUGUCCCCCAAAUUGCUAUCAUAAUCACCGAUGGUCAGUCAAUAGAUUCUGAACUCACGGCUAUUGAAGCUGAGAAUGCCAAGAAAGACGGUAUAACAAUGUUUGCAAUUGGUGUCGGCCGUAAUACUGAUAGAAACGAACUAGAAGCUAUAGCAGCCAAACCAUCUCGAGAAUUUGUAUUUAAUGUUAAGAGCUACAGCCGUUUAGAAAGGAUCGCCACCUCAUUGUCAAAGAAAACAUGUGAGAUCGUGAUGGAAACGCCUCCACCUCCUACAACAAGCGUUCCGAUUCCAGACACAACAACUGUUGCUGGAGGGUCAGCGGGAAAUAGAGAUUAUGACACAUUCGAGGCAAAAGCUUGCCUUGAUGCAUCAGAUAUAGUUUUUAUGUUGGACUCUUCAAGUAGUAUUUGGGGGCCUGACUUCAGAAAGCAGCUUACAUUCGUGCAGGAAAUGAUUGAUACGCUUGAUAUUGGUAAAGAUGCAACUCGCGUUGGUGUCAUGACAUUCAGCACUGACCCUUACGAGUACUUUGGUUUAGAGAAGUAUCAUAACGCGGAUGAUAUCAAAGACGCCAUUUCAUCAAUCCAGCAGAAAAGUGGAGGCACAAACACGGGUAAAGCCAUUUCCCAUAUGAGAGAAAACAUGUUCAACCAUGCAAGACCAGGAAUUACCAAAAUUGGGGUAAUAAUUACAGAUGGACAGUCCCGCAAUCCAGAGUGGACACUUCGUCAAUCAGCAAAGGCCAAACAUGAAAACAUCCACAUUUUCGCCAUCGGAGUUGGACAUUCUAUUGACCGCAAAGAGCUGGAGGAAAUUGCCAGUGAACCUAAAGAACAAUUCGUAUUUGCUGUUGACAAUUAUAGUAAACUUAGAAAGAUUACAGCUAUGCUGUCUCGCAAGGCUUGCCAGGUGAAUCGUCCAGUAGUGCUUGAAACAAAACCACCUGUAGUAUAUAUUCCACCUACAACUACCACACAGAAACCACAAGGAUUUGGGGAUGAAGAAUGCUUACCUGUCCAGAGUGCAGAUAUUGCAUUUGCCCUGACUGGUAACGAGAUAAAUAGUCUACAAAAUCGUGCCUACUCCCUAGCCUUCAUCAAAUCAAUCGUCCAGGAGAUGAACAUAGGCCCUCAAUACGUGCAAGUUGGAAUUGUCCCUCAGGACUGUAUGGGAAUGGAAGGAUUUGGUAUGAAUCGAUUCUACGAUCAGAACUCAUUGUUCAACGCAAUUGAUAGCAACAAUGUCAUCGAAUCCAAUCCAACUAGGACGAUUACUUAUAUGCGUCACAGAGUGUUCAACCAUCAUGGCGGGGCCAGACAGAAUGUGAAGCGUAUUGGUGUUUUGAUAGUGGACAAUAUGACUAACGAUGUCGAGAGAUUACGUCAAGAAGCCCGAAAUGCCAAGACAUUGGAUAAGAUGGAGUUGUUCGUGAUCGGAGUUGGGCGUAAUAUCAAUACCAAUUACCUCAGUGCUAUAGCCAGCAGCUCUUCUGGCAGACACAUCUACCGAGUCAGCGACUACAGUGCUUUGGAUAUGAUUAGAGAGAACUUCCUUAACAACCUUUGCAUCAUUUCCAAUUAAUCGCUUGUUUGGCAGAACUCAUUAUAGAUGGAUGUCCUGAAUAUACAUGGGGUGAGAACCAGUAUCUAUUAACAGACAAAACAACAUCAAGCGUCACUGUUAGAUGUCGUGCAAUACAAUGAACAUUUUAUAUGUGCAAAUAAUACAAAUCAAAAUACACUAGUUGUAUACUUGUAUAGAGAAAGGUUAUACAUCUUUGUAUUUUGAAUAUGGCAGCCUUUGACAAAUGUAUUUUUUAAUCUAAAUUACAAAUGAUAUAUUUUAAGUUGUUAGAUUAUAGGCUAUAUACAUUCCAGCUAAGUAGAAGCCUAUAAAUAUUACGAUCAUUUCAAUUUAAUGGACGCGAAUGACUAAUUAUAAACGCAUGCCUUAAUUUCAUUAGAGUGAAUAUGGCUUAUUGGAUGGAUUUUGACUGAUAUUGACCGUUUUAGGUAUGUCAGUUGCUCAACAUCGCCAUAUUGGGAAUGGGCGAAACAACAAAUUCAAUGUAUUUGAAUCUCAUUUAGCAACAUAUUUUGCACUAUUGUUAGUCAUAAUACUGCUGGACAGUUUAAUAUUCUUGAUCAUAAAGUAUUAUUAAUUUGUAUUAAAUGUAUUAUCGUAUUCUUUUUUGGAAUGAUGUAUAUACUAUGCAAGUCUCAAUAAUACCUUUGCCUAAGUUACAUAGUUUGACUCAACAAUGUAUUAGAGUAUUUACCAAAUGCUCAGUUUUACGUGUAGUAUUUAUUGUGUAACAAAUGUCUGAAUGUUGCAAUGGUUGUGUGUAAUAUGUCCCAUGACAUGUUUGUCAUAUCACCAUAUCACUUGUAUUUAUUUAUUUAAAUUUUUGAUAUGCUAAUAAAGGGU